AUGAAGACCAAAAACGCUUCCUCUUUGGACUGGUCCAUUCAGAGUGCCUUGUCGUCUCUCUACCCUCCGUUUGAGGCCACCGCCCCAACCGUCCUCAGCCAGCUCUUCCGCACCAUAGAGGAGCGUUACCAUGGUGACGCGCUGCAAUGCUUGCUGGACUUUCUCAUCCCGACCAAACACAUCCUAGAAAGCGUACAGCAAGCUGCAUGUUGUGCAUACUCUGAUGUGGUGUUCCGAUGUGAGGGAUGGCCUCUAUGCCUGCAUGACCGUGUGGUGAUCCAGCUCGCCCCUAUCAAUCCCUUGCUGUUACGUCCAGGUGACUUUUACCUUCAGGCUGAACCCUUCGGAGACCAGGCGGCACGGAUAGUACUGAAGAGCCUGUUGACACAGGAGGGCCUUUUCGGUCACGAGGGUCCUACAGUGGAGGAAACUCCCAUACCUGAAACUUCUUAUCCCUGCAUCUUCACGGAAGCCUGGUUGAGAGAGGUGAACGAGGGCCGCUAUGGCAACGAGCUCUGCAAGUGUGUCCUCACGUCUGACCAUGGGAUCGUGAAGGUGCCGUGGAGUGAGGUGGCCAUCCCAGAGUUCUUGGCUCAGUCCAAGAGGACAACGAAGUCAGAAAGCUUGACGGCUCCUCCUCCGUCUGCCCUUAUCCUGAAAGAGGUCCAGUCUGAGACACUGGAAUCACAGAUGCAAUCAGAGCUUCCUGUUGACUUUUCACCUGUUGCCAUGGAACCCACAGUCCUCUCAGUGAAAGACGGGAUUGCAGUUCCACUUCGACUUGGAGAUGGAAGCUCUAAACUUGUGAAGAUGGACCAGGGAAAACUUGUCAGCAAUUCCACAGGCAAACCGGUUGGAUGGGUAUCCCCCAAUACCUGGGACAGCAGAAACAUCCGUGAGGUGGAAGGAGAGUAUGUGGAUCUGCUCGAAUUUGCUAAGGAGAAAGAGGCUCUGGCCCUUGCCAAAACCGCAAUACCCACAAUUCCUAUGGCCUUCAAACCAGUCAGACCAGCCCCUCCUGUUCCAAAAAGAGACAUGGGCCUUUGUGCCCAGUCUCAGAGAUUGCCCAAUAAAGCAUGCACUCCUUGUUCAAAAGGUAAACAGGUGUCUCAGAACUCUGGGAACCUUCUGGAACCCAGGUCUAGGCACCGGGAGUCUUACAUGGCAGCUCUGUGCAACCCUGUGAACAUUGAAGGAGGAGGCUGUCUAGCGUCUGUGGAGGAGACUUGGCCAGGGUUGGGCGAGGCAGAACCUGGCUGUGAACAGCAAGGAGCUGGUUCUGAGUGUUUCCUUGUAGGCCAUAGUAAUCAUGUGUCACAUAUGAAGCAAACUCCAAUUCAACCAGGUCAGAACUCACAUCAUUUUGGUCAGAACCCCAUCGAGCCCAGUCAGAACACAGUGCAAUCUAGUCAGAGUAUAAUUCAACCAUGUAAGAAUUUAGUCCGACCAACUGAAAAGCCAAUUCAGCCUGACCACAACUCAGGUCAGCCGCAGUUCUCCCACCCAAAUGGACAAGUUCUUAAAUUAGAAAUUGACAGAAAGCCAGUGUCUGAUAACAGACGUGUCUGUCUUAAUGAUUCAUUCAGGUAUGACCAAUAUCCAACGCGUUUGAUUGGGCAGAAACCUCUGAAGACCCAGGCCUUGCCUAAAAUGGGACUGAAAGCAUUACCUGACCUGAGUUCCCACAGACAGGAAGCUGUUUUCAAUCAGAGCCCACAACUCUUAGGACAAGUACAUUUAGUUCAGGACCAAUACGCUCCGAGACAAUACCACCCCAACUCUCCUCAGAACUCCACCCCUCAACGAAUAGGACAUAAACUUUUGCACUCUCCCAAAUCCAAGAACACAAAUCAGACAGUGGACCAUUAUCUUAAUUCUCCUUCGGACCAUAACUCAUGUCAUCAUGAGGGACAGUCUCAGUGCAGUCCUGGCAUUCCUGGAGAUGUCUUCAAGCCAUCAGGGAAGAGCAAGUCCAAGCCACGCUCUUUGUCUUCAGUGUCUGAAACAGCCAGAGAGUGCCUGCAGUCGCAAAAACUGACCACUAGGAGUCGCAGCGACGUCUGCCCUGAUGUCAUUUCUAUGGUUCCUUCCAUACAUGUCUUGCAUAGUAAAAAACACAUGCCUUUUGUGCUGGUAUCUCCCAAAAUGGAAAGACAGCAAGGUGGUAAAAAAGAUGUCCAGUCUGGGAAAGCUGACACCCAGAGCCCAGCCACAGUCAAUGGAGUGGACAGAGAGCUCCAGACAGUCCCUAGUAAUGUCCUCUCAGCGACCCAGACACAGAACCUUCCCCCUGGGCACAGAGCCCUCUCACAGGACCCCACCACCAAGAGUCUGCUUCAGCUGGGCAUGGCUUGUCUUCCAGGAGGUCGUGACCGCUCGGGCCGGGCUGUGGUGGAAGUUUAUGGGGACAGAAAGGGGUGGUCAUUCCCUCUGCUCACCCCUCUUGAACUCUGCAAACUUUUGCUUUACCUGCACUCUGUGCCCAGGAGAGAGGUGCGUGACCUGGGACUGACAGUAGUCAUUGAUGGCAGGAAGAGCCUUCCUCCUCCAGUCUUAUACAAGGCUCUGUUAUUGGUACAGGAGCAGGCACUCCAUGCAGUACACAGUAUCCUGCUGUUGGUGGAUAAGGAACACAGCCCUCGACCAGAGAGACAGCCUGGCUUACAGAUGGAAGUGGUGACAUCUCUCAAGGCUCUACAUAAGUCUGUUGAUGGACAACAGCUGACCUCUGACAUGGGCGGGACUUUCCCCUACAGUCACAGUGACUGGCUGCAGUUUUAUCAGAAAUUGUCACUCUUUGAGUUGGACUUGCGAGAGUCGACAUCAUUGCUACAGAGGGCCAUUGUGAGGCUGAGCUGUGCCACGAACACCGAUACUGCCCAGGACGUGCAGCGAUGUAUCCAAGACCAAAAGAGCUCAAUGAAGGAAGUGCUUGAAGACACGCAAUUGGUCACUUUGCAAAGAGAGGGUGGGGCCAUGCUGGCCAGAAUGCGAAAGGAAGAGAUUCGAUUGGCUCAGUCUGAAGAUUACAGAGACUCAGUGGAGGAGGUGACAUGGCUGUAUAAUCAGGUGGAGGAAGGAGUACAUACCCUAGUUAUGAAGUCUAACCAGUCACUACAGCAUCUCAACCAGCUGCUCCAAAUCAGAGAAACAGAGGACAGACUCAAAGAGAUUAGGGAGUGGUGUGAGACAGAGGAACAGUCAUGGCUAAAGACGUGUAACCCAGCCGAAUCCAGCCUGAACACCGCCGAGCAGAGGCUUCAACACUUAAAGUCUGUCUUAGCUCAGGCCAAGGAGAAAAAAGAGAAAGGAAUGCUGCUGGUAAAAGAAGGCGAGAAGAUGAUGCAGGGACCAGGCUUUCCAGAGGCUGAGGUCUUUCACAUCACUCUGACCACUUUUAAAACGAGCAUGGCUGCUUUCCUGUUACGGGCCGAACAGCGCAACUCUGAACUGGAGAAAAGUGCCUGUGUGUAUCGAUUCUGCGAUCAGGCUGUGGCUCUCGCUAAAGAAUGUGGGUUGUAUCUGGACGACAUCGAGACAGGAUGCCUCCCCUUGAAGCCCAACACAGGCAUGCUGAGGACGUUCGCCGAGAGAUUUAAAGACUUUUCACCCCAGCGCUUUCGGGAGCUGAAGAGUAAUGUGCUCUCUGGAGAAGACGUGGGAGAGGCUGAAGCUUGGAAUGCAGCCUGGGCUCAGUGCCAGAGUGUCAAACAGAGAUUGGAGGACAAGCUACAGGCCUCUGAUGAGAACCAGGCACCUGCAAAGCCUCAGACGAAGGAUUAUGGGGUUUUGAAGGAGGUUGAUGAUGCUCCCUCUCCGGCCAGCUGUGUAAGCAUGUGUGAAGCCUAUUCUGGACACCCGGAGAUGGACCCAGUGGAGGGUGGACCCACUGCAGCCUUGACGCAAAGCAGAGACAGUCGUGCGAGGGAGAGUGAUAAGGACACUGUCACGUGUUUCAAUCUUCCUUUCAAACCUGAGGGGAAAGUAAAAAAGGGUGCGAAAGCAUCCUAUGUAGUCCAGGCAAGUACAGACAAAGGUGUAAAAAUGUCACUAUUGCUGAAAAGUGCAAACACUGAGCCAACAAUAGUCCAAAUAUCACAAAAAAAUACAGGAGAGACUCAGACUUCCUCAGGGCUUAGAGCUAACCCUGAAGAGUCAGACUUACAGAGCACAGACAAAAACGAGAAGCAAGAUCCAGAGCGGUCUCCUCCAACUGCGACAGCUACAAAAGAAACAAGUACAUCAGAUAACAUACAAAUGCAGGUAUGGAGAAAACUGCCCAGGGAACACCACAGCGAAGCUGACCUCAGAAAGGUCGACCGAGCGUGCGUCGCUGAUCAGUCGCCAUGCCGCCCAGUCUUGGGUCGAUCUCGCAGCGAGGGCUCUUGCAUUAGCAUGUUACAUCCUAAGGCCGAACUUUUGGCUGUCAACACUUACCAGCGCACGGAUGACUGCAAGGUCUUAACGGAUGAAGAGGGAUCUCGGAUCUCACGCCAGGAAAGUUUCUGCUCCAGUGUGUCAAGUCCCAGACAGGGCUGGGAUGGUGCAGAGGGCAGAACUGAGAAACGCCCUACUGAUCAAGCCUAUGAUGAUGCCUCCAUCCCUACAGGUUCUGGUAACGUAGUCUGCAACCAGGACUCCCCAACAUUCCUGACAACCCAACAGCCCUCACAACCAGAAGAAACCAGCAGUAAUGGGCUGAAGUUGCAGUGGAUUAUGGAGGAGCUGUUACAGACGGAGAGGGAUUUCGUCCGGGCCCUUAGCUACGUCAUGGAGCACUACUUCCCAGAGCUGGAUAGGCCUGACGUUCCACAGGACUUAAGGGGACAGCGAGGAAGCAUCUUCGGAAACCUGGAAAAGCUACGGGACUUCCACCAACAUCACUUCCUCAAGGAGCUGGAGCUUUGUGUACGAGAGCCGUUCCGUGUGGGACGCUGCUUCCUUCGGCACAAAGACAGUUUUGGUCUCUAUGCCCUCUACAGCAAGAACAAACCUCGUUCAGACAACCUCCUCAUUAACCAAGGCCAGGACUUCUUCAGGCAAAAGCAGCAGCGGCUGGGUGACAAGAUGGACUUGUCCUCGUACCUGCUGAAGCCAGUGCAGCGCAUCAGCAAAUACAGUCUGCUUCUGCAAGACAUGCUCAGAGAGUGUGGCACUGGCUCACACAGGAGUCGGGAAAGGACUGAAAUUCAAGCUGCCUUGGAAGUCAUCCAAUUCCAGCUUCGCCACGGCAAUAACCUUCUUGCCAUGGACGAUAUCCAAGAAUGUGAUGUAAAUCUGAAGGAACAGGGCCAGCUGAUUCGCCAAGACGAGUUCCUGGUUUCCUUCAGGAAGAAGAAAUGUUUCCGUCACAUCUUCCUCUUCCAGGAUCUCAUUCUCUUCAGCAAGACCAAGAAGACAGAGGUUGGCAAUGACAUAUAUGUGUACAAACAGUCCUUCAAGACAUCAGAUAUUGGGAUGACUCAUAACUGUGGUGACACUGGCCUGUGUUUUGAAAUCUGGUUUCGGAGGAGAAAAUUGCAGGACACGUACACCCUUCAGGCAGGAAGUCGAGAGGUGAAAGAGGGCUGGACCAGGGAUUUGGAGAGGAUUCUGUGGGAACAGGCUGUGCACAACAGAGAGAUCCGAAUGCAGGAAAGGGUGUUUAUGGGCAUCGGAUACAAGCCCUUUAUGGACAUUCAACCCAGCGAGGCUGCCAUCAAUGACCGAGCUGUUAACUGUGCCCUCACAGGAAGAGAGGGUGGAUUUGCUCUCUUGCGUCCAAACUCCACUGGCUCAGGGAGCUGCAUGUCGUCCUCUGGCAGCAAUUCGUCAUCCUCCUCCUCAUCUGGCAGGGGCUCCAUGUCCCCUGUGGGAUACCUGUGUGACCCCAACAGAAGAGGAGACACUACGCAUGGAGGUUUCCCAACCUCAGGGAUACUGGAGGAGAAUGAUGACCAAGAGACAGGCAGCCAGAGUUUACUGGUGGACAGCUCUGAAUCAUCAGGGGAAAGUGUAAGUGGCUUUAGCAGUUCUGGUCACAGCUGCCAGUCUGUGAUUGUUGGAGAUGGUGAGGAUCCUCCUUCUGAGCUGCGCCAUGUUUCUGAGAAGAGGCCGCAAACUCACAAAGCUGGAAAGGAGAACCAUAAAAACAAAACCAAACCUUCAAAACCAUCUGAGCUGGGCUUGGCAGGCAAAUACUUGUUGGAUUUCAAACCCUCCCACUGUGUCUAUGUUGAUGGCAGUCUUCUGUCACACAACUGA